AGAAAGGCCUGGAAAGUGAGUCGAUGGUAGUUAGAAAAAGGUAGUCAGUUGAGCAUCGUACAAUCUCUGCAAUUCCCACAACUCGAAAAGCGAACACUUGAAGCGAAUGAGGCCCGGAGUUCUACAUCUCUGGUAGCACUUUCACUCUCUCAGCAGCCGCUUUGCAGCAACGGAGUGCGGUGAGAUAUGUCCACUGCCUCAUCAGCUCUGGCGCUCCACCUCCCCUUUGCUCCCCCAAUCACCGCCGCCGCCACCAAACUCACUUACCCAAUACGCAGCUCACGGUGGUCUGCAACUGGUGUGAGGCUCGUGGGUUGUGCUCGUGCUGCAAUUUCAGGAAGAGGGCAUGGUACAUUUGAUCCUGAACUCCGUUCUGUGCUUGAACUCGCCACCGAUUCCGAGUUAUAUGAGCUUGAAAGAAUCCUUUUUGGCCCUAGCUACUUCAGCCCGUUGCUGAAGUCUAUAAUGAGUAGAACCAAUGUCGACCAUUCAAUGGUUGAAGAGGAUCUCGAUGAACGAGAGGAGUUUUUAGCAGUAUUAGAGUCUCGAUUCUUAUUCCUCGCAGCCGAUGCACGGUCUACGAUAAGGGGUUGGAGGCCAUCAUAUAGGAAUGUCUUGCUUGCAGUGCGAAAAGAGUUAAACGUUCCUUGCUCAAGCAAAUUGUCAACUGAAGACCUUGAAGCAGAGAUUUUUCUUCAUCUGUUGCGAGACUAUUCAAGUGAAGAAUCAGGAAAUUUUGAGGGCUUGUUGGAGUUCCCUGAACUGUCUGAUGGUCAACAAAGUCUUCAACUUGGACUCAGUCAAUGGAAGGUACAGGCCCUUAGUGCUUUAAAAGUUGGGGCAGCAGAGCUCCGAUCAAUGUUUUUGAAGGGUGGUGGUAUCUUUACUUUGGCGAAGAUUUAUCAGUUGGUAGCUAGAAAGUUAUCUGGAAAGGUGUUCCUAGAAGCCGCCAACUAUCAGCUAAAAAGGGAUUUUGUUAGAAAGGGUGGACAAUUAGCUGCUAUGAAUCUCGAGUCCAGAGCAGCCUUUCUUGCGGCAAAACAGGGUUUUGCAGGCGCUGCAUCAAGAUAUCUUGGUUUAAGAAGCAUGAUGGCUUUGCUUGGCCCAGUGCUUUGGGGAACAUUUCUGGCAGACGUUGUUAUUCAAAUGCUCGGAACUGAUUAUGCAAGAAUCUUGCGAGCUAUUUAUGCUUUUGCGCAGAUCCGCAUCACUCGCACAUAUAGGCUACCGCCUGAUUAUUGAAAAGCUUUCUGUUUUGAGAAGAUGCGUUUAUCAAAUCGUUCCAGAGCUUGAAAUGGAUCCCAAGCAGCAUUCAUACUGAAGGUAAAUGUGGAUGGCCUGUCAUCACGUUAACAAGAGAUUUGCGUUCAAGAUUAAUUACACUGUACAUACAGAACACCUCCCACAGCCCAUUCUGCUAUUCAUUUUCACUGUUUCGUACCUAACUGUGGAAGCCGAAAAGAUUAUCGUCUUCGUGGGAGUUUAUGCAUGCCUUUUAACAUUGAGAAUUAAUCUUAGAAAAAGAAGGCAUAAGAUGCAUAUAGAUCAUUAUGCAUGGAACUUGAAAUGAAGUUAGUUUCGGGUAGCAUAGAACUAAGGGGUCGACAUCCCAGAGUUGGUCUAAGGUCGGGCUUCGGAAACAAAGAACUCCCCGGACUACAGCCUGCGCUGGGGAAUUUGCUUC